UCUUGAAAUAAGUUCCGUGUUCUGAUGACUGCGGUGGUAAGAUAAGUAUGUGAGGUGCAGGUGGAACAGCCGACAGCGUUUAUGGCCACAAUUUGACAUGAUUUUGAACAAAUUUUAAUACUUUUUCUUCAAUUUAACCUUUUGCUGUCAGCAUAAGGGAAGAAACCUAACCCUCAAUGCCUCUGGGAGGACUCAAGGAUCGCUUAUUGGGAUUACUUCCGGGAAGGGUGCGACAUGAUGAAGAGUGGCGAACUGUUUAUGUACUUAAUAAGUAUCCCAGCAAUGAUGCAGACAUUGAAGUCAAGCAGAGGAGAUAUGCUAACAAUGUAAUUGUUACAUCAAAGUACACAAUACUGAAUUUUAUCCCAAAGAAUUUGUUUGAACAGUUCCGUAGAAUUGCAAAUUUUUACUUUCUCUGCAUUGGUGUCAUUCAGUUGUUAAUUGACAGCCCUGUGAGUCCAGUGACCAGUAUUCUUCCUCUGGUGUUUGUGAUAACAGUCACUGCUAUCAAACAAGGUUAUGAGGACUGGCUUCGUCAUAAGGCAGAUAGAGAGGUAAACAAGAGACCAACCAAGGUCAUCAGGCAAGGACAGGUGCAAGAUGUUCCCUCCAAAAAUGUCAAGGUUGGUGAUAUUGUUCAGGUAUUAGAUGAUGAAGAGAUUCCAUGUGAUCUUGUGGUGCUGUCCUGUGAUGACCCAGAUGGAACGUGUUAUAUCACAACUGCAAAUCUGGAUGGUGAAACAAAUCUCAAGGUGCGUAAUGCGUUAUCUGAUACUGCAGGCAUGCAGUCUGCUGAGCAGCUCUCUCAUUUGAUUUCACAUGUAGAAUGUGAGCACCCAAAGGAAGAUCUGUAUAGUUUUUCAGGUCGAAUGGUAGUGGCACCCAGAGGGGGUGGAGAAUCAGUACUCAAGGCCUUAGGUCCACAGAAUCUGCUUUUGAGAGGAGCUCGGUUAAAGAAUUCCUCAUAUACUUUUGGUGUGGCUGUCUAUACUGGCAGAGAAACAAAGAUGGCUCUCAAUCAGCAGCAAGGGGCUCACAAGUUUUCAACAGUGGAGAAGACAAUGAAUGUGUUCCUGAUUGUUUUUCUAAUUGUACUGCUGAGUCAAGGAGCUCUGUGUACAGGUCUGAUGUUCUGGAAACAAGGUACACCAUCAGGGAAGCCAUCCUACAUCUAUCAAGAAGAUCUUAAAGUCACAUUCACAGGUUCUAAUGGUGUUCUGGACACAUUUCUUGUAUUUCUUAUUCUGUACAAUUACGUCAUUCCCAUCUCGCUGUAUGUUACAGUUGAGCUUCAAAAAUUUAUUGGUGCAUUGUUUUUUGCUUGGGACCAUAAAAUGUACUUCGAGGAAACAGAUGAGCGGGCCAUUGCUAAUACAUCAGACUUGAAUGAAGAACUAGGACAGAUUGAGUAUGUGUUUACAGACAAGACAGGAACACUUACUGAAAAUGAUAUGCAGUUCAGGGAAUGUUCCAUAAAUGGUUGCCAAUAUGUGGAGCUAAACAGUCAGUUAUUUGUGGCAGAUCAAACAGAUGGUCCAUGUGUUUCUGCUCAAAGUGUCUGUCCAGAAGUUAUGCAGUUUUUCCUUGCACUGUCCCUUUGCCACACUGUUCAAGCUUCCAAGGAGACCAAUCAGGAUUCUAUCUAUGAUUAUCGGUACCAGGCCUCAUCUCCUGAUGAGAAAGCUCUAGUGGAAGCAGCUGUAAGAUUUGGAGUCACUUACCAAGGAAAGAUUGGUGAUGAUAUUGAAGUCAAAGUUGCUGAUGUGAUUGAGAGGUACACUCUUCUUCAUAUUCUUGAAUUUGAUUCAACCAGGAAAAGAAUGAGUGUCAUUGUUAGGUCACCAAGAGGUGAACAUAUGAUGUUAGUGAAAGGAGCUGAGACAGCUGUUCUGGAUCGACUGGCCUCAGGACCAAAAAAUAUUACUCUUGAUCAUGUCAAUGAAUAUGCCGAGAAGGGACUGCGGACAUUAGUUGUUGGUCGUAGAGUGCUUUCAGGAGAUGAAUAUGUUGUAAUUAAUGCAAAGAUCGACAAGGCUAAGCAAGCAAUUCUUGAUAGAGAAGAGCAGCUUGCACGUGUUUAUGAUGAAGUGGAGAGAGAUUUUCACAUCCUUGGAGCAACGGCUGUUGAAGAUAGAUUGCAGGAUGGAGUUCCAGAAACAAUAGAGGCCUUGCGUCAGGCAGGGAUCAAGGUGUGGGUUCUUACUGGAGACAAAGAGGAAACAGCAGUCAACAUCAGUCAUUCAUGUGGACAUUUCAAGGCGGGAAUGGAGAUAAUGUUUGUCACAAAGAAACAGUCGGAGAGAGAAUGUCAAGAAGAGCUUGUUAGCUGCCGUGACAAGAUUCAACGCCGACCGCCCACAGAUAGUAGGCCGUAUGCCUUAGUUAUCGACGGUUUUAGUGUGUCUCAUGUUCUUCGGGACUUUUCAGAUUUGUUUUUGGAAAUCUGUCAAAAAUGUGUUGCUGUGUUGUGCUGUAGAAUGUCGCCUUUACAGAAAGCUCAGAUUGUCCAGUUAGUGAAGAGCUGUCGCAAGAAGCCAGUGACCCUCGCCAUAGGUGACGGCGCUAAUGAUUGCGGUAUGAUUCAAGAGGCUCAUGUGGGUAUCGGUGUCAUGGGAAAAGAGGGUCGGCAGGCGGUCAGGACUAGUGACUAUGCUGUGGCUAGGUUCAAGUUUCUACGGAGAAUACUGUUGGUGCAUGGCCACUGGUAUUACGUUAGAGCAGCAGUUAUGGUGCAGUACUUCUUUUAUAAGAAUGUGUGUUUUAUCACACCACAGUUUUUCUACGCAUUUUUUACAUCUUUCUCUGGUCAGCCGUUGUACCUCGCAUUCUUUCUAACCGCGUACAACAUUUUCUUCACAUCGCUUCCUAUUUUUGUCUAUGGCAUAUUUGAGCAGAACGUCAACAGUGAUGCAUUACAAAGUCAGCCGCACUUGUACAGGGAUAUAAGUAAGAACUAUCGCCUAUCAUGGACAGAAUUCUUCUUCUGGAUAAUGUCUGGUUAUUGGCACGCAUUGGUAUUCUUCUUUGGAUCGUAUUUCUUUUUUCAAGGUGAUGCAUUAGGACCUGCCAUGUUGCAAUAUGGAAACUGGUCGUUUGGAACGUUUGUGUUUACUGUUUGCAUCAUAGUCAGUAAUCUCAAGUUGGCACUGGUUACACAUUACUGGACAUGGAUGACUCACGUUUCUACCUGGGGCUCCAUCGCUCUGUUCUUCGUAUCCACUAUCACAUAUAGCAGUCAGACUUGGAAGGGUUUCCAGCUAGCAUUCAGUGACGUAAUAUCAUUAGACAUGUACAAAUUAUUCUACCAACUGCUGUCCCAAGGAGUGGUGUGGCUGGCCAUCUUGCUACUCAUCUUCAUGUCUCUCUUACCUGAUAUCUUCUUCAUGCUCGUUGGUCGACAUUUUUUUCCUUCAGAGACGCAAAAAGUUCAGGCUGGUCCAGCAAACAAACACAAAAAGAGUUCAGUGGCUAACUGCAGUGACACAAGCUACAACAGGACAUGCGAGUCAAUGGUAAUACUUGACUGUGAACAGGGAAGUACUGUCACGCUCACGAGUGUUAAACGGUAACCUGCUGCUGGUCAGCAACCUGUCUUUAAAAUGCAUGCACUGACAAAAUUUUAUGGGUAAAAAAUAAAAUUAGUCAGCAAGAUGGUAGCUUUCCCGUUCCAGGCUCUCCGUCAGUGAAGACUAACUAACUUUUGGCAUCGGGACAAGUCUUAUUUAUUAUUUCCCACGUCGCGAAAGCUAUCUCCGCUUUUGGAGGAUUGUCAGCAGCAAUCGUUUUUCGCUCAAGAAUGAUCCUCACAUUCACGCCAACCUUUCAGUUACGAUCAAAGAAAGCCAAAGAAGGAGGCUCGUGGACAAGGAAAUAGUGACAAAAUGGCGACUUUGAAGUACUCUUCGACUUUCUCUACUAGCUUCACUAUGAGCAAACAGUUCUUUGUCAAUCAAACUUCAAACGCAGCCACUUUUUCGCUCAGUUCUCUAACUGAGAGCCUGGUAUUGGCCUCAAAGGGAAGGGGUAGGGGGGAGGGCAAACUUUGGAACCUCGCAUAUACACGCCAUCUUUACUUCUUAACCUAAAGGUUUUACCGUAAACAUGAAGUUAGGCAGCUACUUUACCAUGAAAGUGUUGAUCUGUGUUGAUCGGUCUAAACGAAAAAAAGGAAACAAAGCCUUAGUUUUUACAGCACAAAUAAGAUUUUUUAAAAAAUUGAUAUGCACGUAGGUAAAAUAAUGAUUUUUUUAGUAAGUAGUUUGAUCCUCAAUAGGCUCUUAAUCUUGGUCACAAUGAGUAUUCAGACAAUGUUUAGGCUAAGAGGAGUUUUUUGUGGGCAAAAAAUGAAAACUUAGAGGUGACUGAAAUUAGAUUUUGAAAUAAGGUACUGUUACACCACAGUUUACCUAACUGGUUUCCUUUAUAUCUCCUACUUUCUCUAUUUUUAUUUGUCAUCCGCAUCCUCCCCGCGAUAAAACAAAAUAAUUAAAGCAGCCUUCAAUAUUGCGGGGAAUUUAUGUAAAUUUCUACGUCUGGGCCAUAUGUUACAACAUGAGAGGAUGAGGCAAUCAUUGUUGUUGUAAUAUGUGUCUGGAUUGAGAAUGUGUCUUGAACUAAAACAAAAACAACUCGGCCAUAAAUUUAUUUGUAAAUAAUGAUUAAUGAACUAAUAAGAAAAUAACAGUAUUGUAUUUAUUGAACUUAAUUUCAAAAAUAGCUGCAUUUUUCCCAUCAUGUUCCCUUGAGAAGGAGAAAACGCUGUUGUAACAUAAUUUAAGCAAAGUUGACACAUUAAAGCCCUCAUUUGUCGAGUUA